AUGUUUGGGUGGCCUAACUACCCCGUCCAAGCGACUCCGUCCGAACAAUGGGAGCGCCCUCCUCGUCCCGGCCCGCUCCACUGGGGCGCCGGGUCCGUGUUCGGGCCGCGCCGGCAGACUGCGCGCCGCGCCGGCCUGGCCUCGGGGAAGCGGACCCCAAGCCCACGGCAGAGCGCAAGCUGUGACGCAGCCACCCCGGGGUCCCUGCGCUGCGCUGCCCGCAGGACGCCCAGGCCGAGCCCGUGCACAGAGCGGGCCCGACCGUCUCCGCGCCGCCCAGCCCGAUCCUCACCCGUGCGCCUCGCAGAGGCUUCUCCACACCGCGGAGGCCCCGCUCCUGGCUCCCGGCCGCUCCCGGCCGCUCCCGGCCGCUCCCGGCUCCCUCGCCCCGCCGCUCGCGCUCCGACCUCGCCUCCAGCGGCCGACCUGCCUCCGUGCCGCUCGGCCCGCUCCCUACUGGCGGGAGUCCGGAGCCGGCGCGACCGCCCCGAGAGAGACCUACACGAAACGCUCCCCCAUUGGCUGCCGCCGGCCCACCUGACUUUGGCGCCUUACGCGCACGUGGAAAUCUGUUGUUGCCGUUUGAGCUUUAAGUCUGAAGAAUCAAGUGCAUCAAAUGAAGCAAAGGAAAAUACUGGUAACAAAGAUGUACUACCAAGAACAUGCAGAAUUACUUGGUUCAUCUGCUCUGGUGAAGCCACCAACUCAAGAGCAGAAAGCAUAAAAAAUAACAUAUUACCUCUUAAACAAGAUACCUUAAAAACAUCAAUAAAUCAAGAUUUAGGUGUAGUUGGAUUUUGUGCAUCUUCUGAGAAUCGAAAUUCUACAGCUAUUGCUUUGAGAACUUCAAAUUCAGAAGACAUAAUUACUAACCAUCUUGUUAAUCCAAACUUUAUAAAUAAUUUCAUGGAAACGUCAGGUCAGGAAAAUUCAUUCCUCUUCAGCACAGUUGAAGAAUUAAACAUAAACAACAAAUCUUUUACUGCCAUUUUAGUACCCACAGAAAAUUGUAAACCUGCAGUUAAUUCUUUCAUACCAGCUUCCAAGGAAACCAUGGAAAUGGAAGACACAGCCAUUGAAGACUCCUUUAAUAAGGGUGUAGACCACAGUGCUGAAGUCUUACAUAUUGAACAUUCAUACUACAGACAAGAUACAAAUAAGGAACAUCUUUGGCAAAAUGUAUCUAACCUAUACUCAAGGAUCACUCUUCUUGAGCUACAAAAACAACAAAUUCCAGGAAGAUUGAUGUCUUUGGAAACUCUUUUAAGCCAACUACAGCAGAAGAACUGGCUAUCUGAAGAAAACAUCAAGAUAACAGAGAACUAUUUCCCAAUGUAUAAAGUCACUGUGAGAUAAAAGUUUUUAAAGCUAUGAUUUUUACAUAAGCUUUUUCCAGCUAAAUCAAAUCAUUUGUGAAGUGAACUUUGUCCUGUAGAUAAAGUUCUUGGAAGCUAUGAAAGUGCUCCAAUGUUACAAACAACAUCCUGUUCUUACAAUGCUCAGUAAAAAAGGGGAAAUGAAAAGA